AAAACCGCACCCCUUGCCGGGACGGAUCCUGAGGUUGGGACAUAAUUCUCCUGCCGUUGUUCCCACCUGAAACCCAACAACCACCAUCACCAGUUGUUGAAGAUGCUUCAGCGAGGAACACUGCCUCACGUGCCCAACUCAGCAAGAUCAAGCAAGAGGGGAGACCACUAACAAUGGCACUGCCAACCGAGUGCGGGAAAAUGGCCAUGAUGCCAUCUGGUUUCCAGGCGCUCAAGAACCCGAGCUCUCCAUCGCUGAGCUUGACUCGAUCCGUCGUCUUGAGCCACUCAAACCAGUCAACAGCUCGUUAUGAGGCAAGUUUGCUCACUUGUCCUUUAACUGACGCCGCGCGCCAGCCUUUUGAUGAUGGAACCGGAAAGAAUCCCACCAGCCUCAACAUGUCUGCUCGGCGAUACACCAUUGACGAGCUGAAGGGGCUCCACCAGCCGAAUAUGCCAGCGCUUGCAGGCCCAUUACCGCUCGCGCCGUGGAUUCUUGUGGCUCAACGCCCAUCGCACCCACCCAAGCGGCCCAACCAUCGUCUCACGAUAUGUCCGAAAGUUGACCCUAAAACUGACUCUUUCGAGACAUUCGACAACUUCGACUUCGAGAUGGAUGCGGGUUUGUCCAGUUUGUCCAUCGCCAUACUGCCGAGAUGGCCACCACGGCCAAUUCACGAAUGUCACGUCACCAAGUUUGCUUUGUUAAGCCUAAGGCUAUUCAUUCAGCCGGUUCCAGCAAGAGAACCUCCGAUUCUAAGCCGGGGCCCGCAAUUUAUCUUUUCGGAGAGAGUUUCUACCUUUAGCACGUGCGAAAUGAAGAGGGAUUGCGAAUUAGACGUGUAAAGUAAACGACAAACGCCGCGAGACUUAUUCAAGAUGAUUUAGGGGCAGGACGCACUGUUGGAUGAAUGAAGUUCACAAUUAGGGUUCAAUGCUGGGCGGAAACAAU